UGCAUGGCGUACAGUACUAAGGCAUCAUCAUCAUGAGCUGCUUCACUUUCUUCGCGAUAUUCUUGGCACUACUUUUGGCUGUUUCAGCUGAGUCAACGAAAAAGCGUUUUGAAUUCAAAGACAUGCCACGCAUUUCUAAUUACACGCAAGGAAGUGAAUGCCCAGCUAUAAGUUUUUACAACGACUGCAAUCUCUGCGUCUGUCACCCUGAAGGCGUUUCCGCUGUGUGCACAGAGCUGACUUGUUCCGAAGCGGAUAUCAUGCGCAUUGACAAUUACAUACGCAACUUGGGGUACUAUGCCAACCACUCGCGAGGUGUGGAGCGCAGCUGUUCCUGCUCGGACAGUUGCGUCUGCUCCGGCAGUUCGUUUUGCUCGGGCAGCGCGGUCUGCUCGGGCAGCGCGCAAUGCCAGGGCAGCGCUGUUUGCUCGGGCAGUGCGGUCUGCUCGGGCAGCUCACAAUGCCAGGGCAGUCCUAUUUGUCAUGGUAGUCCCGUCUGCUCGGGUAGCGCCGUCUGCUCGGGCAGCGCGCAAUGCCAGGGCAGCGCUGUUUGCUCGGGCAGUGCGGUCUGCUCGGGCAGCUCACAAUGCCAGGGCAGUCCUAUUUGUCAUGGUAGUCCCGUCUGCUCGGGUAGCGCCGUCUGCUCGGGCAGCGCUUCUUGCUCAAAUUAUUUUAGUUGAGUUGCAUAUCGAUAAAGAAAUUGUAGUCCUGAUUGUGUGACGACUAUUAAAAUGCGUUCGUAUUGCUAAUCUGUCUAUUUUGUAAGAUACAACUGUAUAACGUGUUAUUGACAUUGUAUAAUAAAUAAAUAUAUAUCAAUAUAA